UGAAUGUAAAUAUUUGAAUGUAAUAUUUUAAAAUAAAAAUAAUAAAUUCAAAUGUAAUUAAUGAAUACAGUCACAAGUGCAAACAAAAGCUCUAUUAGAACACAGAGUUCUGUGACCUCACGGUUUGUCAGUGUUCUGCCCUGCAGACUGAUCCAGAUGAUUCAGUUCAGACCUGCUUCUCCACACUGAAUGCUACAGAGAGAUUACCUGCACUAAACUACAAACAUUUAUCCCCAACAGGAAAACAACUACUCCAACUGAGUAAAACGAAAGAAAGAAAACCAAACACAAAAUACGUAAAACCAGGUCACCAGAGACCGAUUUCUGAUUCAAGUAACAUGGACAAAGAAGCAGAGAUCAUGGACAAAAUCUCCAGCUCUCCUGUGUUCUCUUUAAACUCAGAGACUGCUGAGAUUACCAACAUCCCUGUAUCAGGAACCAACCAUCAGACUGCUGAGGAUCUUGAUGAUCUGAUGCAUUGUGAUGAUGUUUUAGACAAAGAAGAGCUCACUUGCCCUUGCACCCAUCCCAUCAUCAGCGAGGACAGCAUAUCAACAUGUACCUCUGUUUGGUCUUCCAUGGACAAGGACAGCAUCUCGACAAAUUCCUCUUCUUGGUUUUACAUCAAUGAGAACGGCGGGAUGAAUGACUCUAGUUGGUGUUCCUCCCCUGACCCAGAUGUCUCAGAAAUGAUCACAUCAUUUGAUCAGAAUAUUGAUGAGGAGAUUAAAAACCUAUGUCAAAUGUUCUUGUAUCCAGAGAACAUGGAGACAGAGACAGAUGACUUUGAAGAAAACUGGACCACCGAGGAAGAAUCAACCUCAAGACUUUCAGUCAGGUCAGACGAGAGUGGGAGAUCUUCCUGUGCCAUCAUUGAGGCAAGCAAAAUGCUUGUCUCCCAUAUAAUUAAUGAGGCUGGCAAGAUACUGCAGUCCACUGAAACUGUCGAGACACUUCAGCAGUCCACUGAGGCUAUCAAGACGCAGCAGUGCACUGAGGCCGACAGGAUUCUGCAGUCCACUGAGGACGCCAAGACACUGCAGACCACUGAAGCUGGUCAGUUGCUUCAGCAGUCCACUGAGGACGCCAAGACACUGCAGACCACUGAAGCUGGCAAGUUGCUUCAGCAGUCCACUGAGGACGCCAAGACACUGCAGACCACUGAAGCUGGUCAGUUGCUUCAGCAGUCCACUGAGGACGCCAAGACACUGCAGACCACUGAAGCUGGUCAGUUGCUUCAGCAGUCCACUGAGGACGCCAAGACACUGCAGACCACUGAAGCUGGUCAGUUGCUUCAGCAGUCCACUGAGGAAACCAAGACACUGCAGACCACUGAAGCUGGUCAGUUGCUUCAGCAGUUCACUGAGGACGCCAAGAUACUGAAGAUCACUGAAGCUGGCAAGUUGCUUCAGCAGUCCACUGAGGACGCCAAGACACUGCAGACCACUGAAGCUGGUAAGUUGCUUCAGCAGUCCACUGAGGACGCCAAGAUACUGAAGAUCACUGAAGCUGGUCAGUUGCUUCAGCAGUCCACUGAGGACGCCAAGACACUGCAGACCAUUGAAGCUGGCAAGUUGCUUCAGCAGUCCACUGAGGCUGUAAAGACGCAAUUGUUUCUAAAUUCCUCCACCAUCGCUGUCUAUCUAAGGAGAUUUUUCCAGAGUCUCACUGCAGAGCAAUGGAGGGAAGUAAGCGAAGGCGUCUAUAAUAUAGAUGUGAAGGAGCAGCUGACUGACAUGUGCACAGAUGUGCUGAGGUUCAUCUCAGAGUCAGUUACUAAGCAAGUCUUACAAGCCAUUCAUCAGGAUCAAAGUUCAAAUAACGACACCAUGACCUUGAGGAGUCCCUUGUCUUCAGCACCACUCAUUGACAGCUUAGGUAUCACUGAGUACAACAUGCAGAGAAGUUUGGAAAGUUCCUUCAGCCAGGCUCUCUGUGAUGUCUUUGGGACUGACACCACUGGAAGGAUUUCACCCAAAUUCACAGAGGCGAUAGCAGGAGAGGUCAUUAAUGAGAUCAACUCUGUCCUAUCAGUUGCCAUACAAGUCUCUCUGGAUAGAAGUUGCCACAGUGUCACUGCUGCUGCCUGCGACCAGGUGACAAAUGACAGAGCAGCCAAGAAAACUUUGGAGGGAGCUAUCUCAACCAUGAAAUCCUUCCUCACAGGACAAGGCACAGCAAUGAGGAGGAGGAUUCAGACAGACAAAGUUUCUGAUUUUGACAGUAAAGAGGUGACACCUGCAAGUGGAUGUAAAGGCAAGAGGAAGAAGUCGCAGUGGAAGAGGUGUUUCAGUGGAUGGCAGAGGAAAAAGAUUCAGGCAGUUCCACUUGAUCAGGAAGAGAUGAGCAGUUCUUUUCCUCAUCAGUCUAUCAACUCUGGUGAUGAGGAUGAAGAAAUCUUCCGCCAGAGCUCUGUGGACUCGUCUCGGCCUUUCAUGGAGACAGAGGCAAAGAAGAGCAACAGUUUCUUAGGCUUCUUCCACAAUCUCUUCUCAAAGAAUGAGAAGAAGGCGAAGAAGGAGGAGAAAAAGACAGAGCGGUCUCCUUUUUGGAAGCGGCUGUUGUGCAGAAGUGCAGAUGAUGACUUGACGUGUGGAGAUCGGGACCAGUUUCAGCAACUGGCCUUAUAAUAACUUUUUUUUUUAUUUCUCUUUCACCUCCUCUUCUUUCUCUCCAUCUGUUCGCCUUAACCUCUAAAUGGCUUUAAAUUUAACUGGGUACAUGAGGUCUACACCCUGUUACUCUUAAUCCACCAACACUGCCAUCAGUGAGGCAGGCAAAUUGCUCAUCUCCCAUGUUAAUAAUACUGCAGUACACUAAGGCCACUAAGGCUGUAAAGAUACUGCAGUCAAGGAUGAGGAUGUAAAGGAGGAGAAGAACAUUCCUCUUUCUCAGAAACCCCUCAACCCCCCCACCCCCAACCCUGUACCCCACUUCUCUCCCCUAUAUCUCCCCUAUAUUUAACUGUAAUAAACAUUUAAAAAUAUA